AUGUCAAACCCAGACAAGAAAUCACAGCAGUAUCUCGACAUGGAACAUGGUGGGACCACGAAACAAAUUGGGCUUGAGUCAGGUCAAGCUCUUUUAGCCAAUGGUCCUGCUGCCAUGCAUGAAUAUGUUGCAACACGAUUAGAAGCGUCAUUAGGAGGUGAACUCCCACAGAUGGAAGUUCGUUUUACGGAUCUAUGUGUCUCUGCUGACAUUACUCUUGUCGAAGACGAUAAGAACUCGACGGAUUUACCAACACUCUGGAAUACCGUACGAAAGGCCGUGGCAGGUCUUGGUCGGAAAAAGCAGAUGGUGCAUCGGGAAAUUCUCAAGAACGUGAGUGGAACGUUCCGUCCUGGUUCCAUGACCCUUUUAUUAGGUCAACCUGGAUCCGGGAAAUCAGCGUUCAUGAAAGUGCUUAGUGGUCGUUUCCCAUUGGCUAAAAAUAUCACUCUCUCCGGUACCAUGACCUAUAACGGCUUACCACAGCCAACCAUUACGUCCCAACUCGCGCAAUUUGUCUCGUAUGUGCCACAAUAUGAUAAGCACUUUCCUACGUUAACUGUUCGUGAGACAUUAGAAUAUGCAAAUGAAUUUACUGGUGGGGAACUCAAACGUCGAGCAGUGGAUCUCUUGACACAAGGAACCAAGGAGGAGGAGAAUGUCUACGCUCAAGCACUUGUUCAAGCACUGUUUACGCAUUAUCCAGACGUGAUUGUCACGCAGCUUGGAUUAACGAAUUGUCAAGAUACAAUUGUUGGUGAUGCACUCGUACGUGGUGUUUCGGGUGGUGAGAGGAAGCGUGUGACAACGGGAGAAAUGGAAUUUGGUAUGAAAUACAUGACUUUGAUGGAUGAAAUUAGUACGGGACUCGACAGUGCUGCAACAUUUGAUAUUAUCAAUACGCAACGAAGUAUUGCACAUUGUUAUCACAAGACAGUUGUGAUUGCAUUAUUACAACCAGCACCUGAAGUUGUUGCUCUUUUUGAUGAUUUAAUGAUUCUCAAUGCUGGUCAAGUCAUGUAUCAUGGUCCAAUGAAGGACGUGGUGCCUUAUUUUGCAAGUUUAGGCUUUGAAUGUCCACAGGGACGUGAUGUAGCGGAUUUUUUGAUGGAUCUAGGCACGAAACAACAAUUUCAAUAUGAAGUUGACGUACGUAUACCGAAUUACAUUCAUCCUCAUGAUCCAAGUGAAUUUGCCAGUGCUUUUCGUGACUCGGACAUUUAUCGAAGCAAUAUGCAAAGACUGGAGGAACCAACCAGUGAAAAGCUCGUGCACUAUGCUGAGAAACACAUGAAACCAAUGCCGGAAUUCCAUCAGUCGUUUCAAGCUGGUGCCUUGACGCUACUUCGCCGUCAAAUGUUUAUUAUUGGACGCAACAAGUCGUACGUCUUUGGUCGUGCUCUCAUGAUUACGGUCAUGGGUCUCUUGUAUGCAACUACGUUUUUCCAAUUUGAUCCGACGGAGAUUCAAGUCGUAAUGGGUAUUAUCUUUGCCGGUACAUUGUUCUUGUCACUCGGUCAAGCUUCACAGCUACCUACGUUCAUUGCAGCACGUGAGAUCUUUUACAAACAACGUGGUGCCAAUUUUUAUCGGACCGCUAGCUAUGUGUUUGCCAACUCGGUGAGUCAGCUACCACUAUGCACCGCAGAGACUCUUAUCUUUGGUACACUUGUCUAUUGGAUGUGCGGGUUUGUAUCCGAGAUUGUCGAGUUUCUGCUCUUCCUGCUCGUCCUGUUCAUGACAAACUUUGGACUCGGCUCGUUCUUUUUCUUUCUGACGGCUGCAGCUCCUGAUAUUAACAUUGCGACACCCAUUUCAAUGGCAUCGACGCUGAUCUUCAUUAUCUUUGCCGGCUUUAUCAUUACGGAGAGUCAGAUUCCCAGCUAUUUCAUGUGGCUGUACUGGAUCACUCCCGUGUCUUGGUCGCUACGUGCACUUGCUAUUAUUGAGUACCGAUCGAAAACCUUGGAUGUUUGUGUGUACGGAGAUGUAGACUACUGCGCUACGGAAGGUGCUACGAUGGGGACGUACUAUUUGGAGUUGUUUGACCUCAAGACGGAGAAGAUUUGGAUAUUUUACUGUAUAAUCUACAUGGCAGUCUUUUACGUGGUUUGCAUGACUCUUGGCUACUUGGCGCUAGAGUACAAACGCUACGAGACGCCCGCGAAUGUUGGUGCUGUUGCUAAAACCAUGGAAGAGGAUGGCAGCUAUCGACUUGUGAGCACACCUAGAAGCAGCAAUCCGGAAAGAUCUCCGACUCCUAGUGAGGUGAUGGUGGAUGUGUCAUCGCGGAACACAACUUUUACGCCAGUAACGGUUGCGUUCAAGAACCUCCGCUACUCGGUGCCUAAGCCGUCGAACCCUAAGGAAUCAAUUGAACUUCUUAAGGGAAUUAGUGGAUUUGCUCUUCCUGGCAAGAUGACUGCUCUCAUGGGCUCAUCAGGUGCUGGUAAGACGACGCUGAUGGAUGUGAUUGCUCACCGAAAGACUGGCGGUACAAUCUCUGGUCAGAUUCUGUUCAACGGCUAUGAGGCAAACGAGUUGACAGUUCGUCGAUGCACGGGCUACUGUGAGCAAAUGGACAUUCAUUCGGAAGCGGCAACGAUUCGCGAAGCACUUACGUUUAGCGCUUUCUUGCGUCAGGACAGUAGUGUACCGGACAGCGCCAAGUAUGACUCGGUCGAAGAGUGUUUGACUUUGCUCGAUAUGCACGAGAUCGCCGACAGGAUUAUUCGUGGUAGCUCGACUGAGCAGAUGAAGCGUUUGACAAUUGGAGUAGAGCUGGCAGCACAACCAAGUGUGUUGUUUUUGGAUGAACCAACAAGUGGUUUAGACGCUCGUUCUGCCAAGGUUAUCAUGGAUGGAGUUCGCAAAGUUGCUGACUCUGGACGUACGAUCGUCUGUACCAUUCACCAACCUUCAUCUGAAGUGUUUUUCCUGUUUGACAGUCUGCUGCUCCUUAAGCGUGGAGGUGAGACGGUGUAUUUUGGUGAUUUGGGUCACAAGUGCAAGCACCUAGUGGAAUACUUUGAAGCACUGCCUGGUACAUCACCAUUGCCACCCAAGUACAACCCUGCAACGUGGAUGCUUGAGUGCAUUGGUGCUGGUAUGUCGAACAAUUCCGCCGAUGAAGUGGACUUUGUCUCGACAUUCAAGGCGAGCGAGCUGAGCCAAAAGCUAGAUCUCGCACUUUCACACGAAGGAAUUGGCGUGCCGUCUCUUACUAUUCCCGAACUGAUUUUUGCCACAAAACGUGCUGCUUCCUCAAUGACACAAAUGCGUUUUGUCGUAAAACGUUUCUUUGACAUGUACUGGCGCUCCCCGACGUACAAUCUCACGCGAGUUGGUAUGUCUGUGUUUCUAGCCUUGCUCUUUGGCGUGACAUUUACUGAAGCCAAGUACGAAACGUUUCAGGGUUUGAAUUCCGGUAUGGGCAUGUUGUUCAUGUCGACAUUGUUUAACGGUAUGAUUUCGUUUCAAUGUGUACUCUCGGUUGCCUCAGCUGAUCGUGCCGCUUUCUACCGUGAACGUGCUUCCCAAACGUACAAUGCCUUUUGGUACUUUGUCGGUUCUACGGUUGUGGAAAUUCCCUAUGUCUUUGGUGGUACCUUGGUCUAUACGUCCAUUUUCUUUCCAUUGGUUCAGUUUACGGGCUUUUACAUUUUCAUCAUGUAUUGGAUCAAUACGUCCUUAUUGAUUCUCAUGCUCACGUACAUGGGACAAAUGUUUGUCUACUUGUUGCCAAGUGAAGAAGUCGCGGGCAUUAUUGGCAUUAUGGUGAAUUCCAUCUUUUUUCUCUUUAUGGGGUUCAGUCCACCUGCUGAUCUCAUUCCUCAAGGAUACAAGUGGCUCUAUACGAUUACACCUCAACGCUUUUCACUUGCUAUUCUAGGUGCACUAGUGUUUGCCGAUUGUCCAGAUGAACCCAUUUACGACCAAGGGACUGGCACAUGGAGCAAUGUUGGCUCGGAAAUUGGGUGUCAACCGCUAGAAAAUGCACCUAUUUCGUCUGGUCCCAUUACGGUCAAGCAAUUUACUGAAGAUACGUUUGGCAUGAAGUAUGAUGAAAUCUGGACGAGUUUUAUUAUCGUGAUUGCAUUUAUUGUCGCAUUUCGGGUGAUUGCACUCGUUGGCCUACGCUUUGUCAAUAGCCAGAAACGAUAG